CCUCAGGGUGCCCAGAGUGACUGCUCCUCCGGAGCCCAGUCCACAACCCUCUUGGCCUAGGCGCACUGGGGCCCCGCUGGGAUGAGAAACGGCCGGAGACUGAACCAGCUUCGGGCCGGCCUCUGCCUGCUCCUGGCCUCCCUGCAGCUCGUGUCCUGGACGCUGGCUGUGGAGCCUGUGGAUGUUCUGAAAGUCUUGGGGGUGCACAGGAACCAAGCUGGGGUAGCUGAGGGGCCUGGCAUGUGUCCCCAGAGAGCUCCACAUGGCGACCGAGCAUUCCGGGUAGACAAGUCCAGCCUGCUCAGUGUCCCCACGUGGCAGCUCUUUCCAGAUGGGCAAUUUCCUGAGGACUUUUCGGUGCUGUUCACUGUGCGGGGCCAGCCAGCCAAUCAGUCUGUCCUUCUGUCCAUUUACGAUGAGAAGGGCAUCCGGCAGCUGGGGCUGACACUGGGGCCAGCUCUGGGUCUCCUUGGCGACUCCUUCAGGCCCUUCCCCGAGCAGGUCAACCUCAUGGAUGGCAGGUGGCACCGUGUGGCGGUCAGCUUGAGUGGUGACAAACUGACCCUGGUGACUGACUGUGAACCUCAGCCGCCCGUGUCUGGUCAGGGACCUCGGCUUAUCCGCACAGAUGGACUCACCAUGAUGGGAACCCAGGACAGCAGGGAGGAGACUUUUGAGGGAGACAUCCAGGAGCUGCUGUUAAUUGCAGACCCUCAGGCUGCCUUCCGGGCCUGUGAACACUACCUCCCUGACUGUGAAAUCCCAGGUCCCCCAGCCACAGAGGUCCCCAAGGAUGAACCGGAAACAACCACCCCUCGUCGCAAGGGCAAAGGAAAGAAGAAGGGGCGGGGUCGAAAGGGGAAGGGAAGAAAGAAAAAGAACAAGGAGGCCUCAAGGCUGAGCCCAACCCCUGGUGCCCCCGAGAACCAGACUCUCCUCCAUACCCCUGAGACAGAGAAGCCAGUUCCCCACCGGCCUCCGACUCCCACUCCCUUGGCCAUCACCACCACUGUGACUACUGGACAAAAUGCCACUGUCUUGCAGGAGUUUGACUCUGAUGCUGAAACUGAGCUGUGGACUCCAGAGAUUGAGGCUACUGAAGAGGAUGAAGAAGGGGGUGACCCCACCAUGGGCCCCAAGUUCCGGGCAGCAGAGCAGCCUUUACAGACUGAGUUCCAGAUCUUUCCUGGUGCUGGAGAAAAGGGAGAAAAAGGAGAGCCUGCGAGAAUAGAGCGGGGACAGCAGUUCGAGGGACCAGCAGGAGCCCCAGGACCCCGGGGAAUAUCUGGUCCUUCAGGUCCUCCUGGCCCUCCAGGAUUCCCUGGGGACCGAGGUCUACCGGGUCCUGCUGGCCUCCCAGGAAUUCCAGGUGUUGAUGGAAUCCGGGGUCUACCUGGCACCGUAAUUAUGAUGCCGUUCCCUUUGAUGAGCAGCUCGUCGAAAGGCCCCCCAGUGUCCUUCCAGCAGGCCCAGGCGCAGGCAAUACUGCAGCAGGCUCAGCUCUCCAUGAAGGGACCCCCUGGUCCAGUGGGACUCACUGGGCGCCCAGGCCCUGUGGGCCUUCCUGGAUAUCCAGGUCUGAAAGGAGAAUCAGGAGAAGUAGGGCCACAGGGUCCCCGAGGAUUACAGGGCCCUCCUGGGCCUCCUGGCCGGGAAGGCAAGACAGGCCGAGCUGGAGCAGAUGGGGCUCGGGGUCUCCCAGGAGACACAGGACCUAAGGGUGACCGGGGCUUCGAUGGCCUUCCAGGGCUGCCUGGUGAGAAGGGCCAGAGGGGUGACUUUGGACAUGUAGGGCAACCUGGUCCCCCAGGAGAGGACGGCGAGAAGGGCCUGCAAGGACCUCCAGGGCCCACCGGCCAGGCUGGAGAGCCGGGUCCCCGAGGUCUGAUUGGCCCCAGAGGCCUCCCUGGACCCCUGGGACGCCCGGGUGUGACCGGAAGUGACGGUGCACCAGGUGCCAAAGGCAAUGUGGGUCCUCCUGGAGAACCAGGUCCCCCAGGACAGCAAGGAAACCAUGGCUCCCAGGGGAUUCCAGGACCUCAGGGGCCCAUUGGCAUUCCUGGGGAAAAGGGUCCCCCUGGAAAUCCCGGAAUUCCAGGUGUCCCAGGAGCUGAGGGCCCCCCGGGUCACCCAGGCCCUGAGGGUCCCACAGGAGAAAAGGGAGCUCAGGGUCCACCAGGGUCAGCAGGCCCUCUGGGCUAUCCUGGACCCCGGGGUGUGAAGGGUACCUCUGGCAACCGAGGUCUCCAAGGAGAGAAAGGAGAAAGGGGAGAGGAUGGCUUUCCUGGCUUCAAGGGUGAUGGGGGACCAAAAGGUGACCGGGGAAACCCAGGACUCCCAGGUCCCAGAGGAGAGGAUGGUCCAGAAGGACAAAAGGGACCCGAGGGACUGCCUGGGGAUGAGGGUCCCCCAGGAGCAGCAGGGGAGAAGGGCAAGCUUGGGGUGCCAGGUCUCCCAGGUUACCCAGGACGCCCAGGACCUAAGGGAUCUGUUGGAUUUCCUGGACCCCUGGGACCACUGGGGGAGAAGGGCAAAAGGGGCAAAGCAGGGCAGCCAGGAGAGGAAGGAGAGCGCGGUGUGCCGGGCCCUCGAGGAGACCGGGGACAACCAGGGGCCACAGGCCAGCCUGGCCCCAAGGGUGAUGUGGGUCAAAACGGGUCUCCUGGGGCCCCUGGAGAAAAGGGUCUCCCCGGUCUGCAAGGUCCCCCAGGAUUCCCUGGACCAAAGGGCCCCCCAGGCCCUCAGGGGAAAGAUGGGGUACCUGGACACCCUGGGCAAAGAGGAGAAUUGGGCUUCCAAGGUCAUACAGGGCCCCCUGGACCAGCUGGUGUCCUUGGUCCUCAGGGAAAGGUAGGGGACGUGGGUCCUCUCGGCGAGAGGGGCCCCCCAGGUCCCCCUGGACCUCCUGGUGAACAAGGUAUUCCAGGCAUAGAAGGCAGAGAAGGGGCCAAGGGUGAGCUAGGAUCCCUGGGGUCCCCUGGGAAGGAGGGCCCACCUGGGCCCAUGGGCUUUCCUGGCUCCCAAGGAGCUCCCGGCGACCCAGGACCCGUUGGUUUGAAGGGUGACAAGGGUCCACCGGGCCCUGUUGGGGCCAAUGGCUCCCCGGGUGAGCGUGGGCCUGUGGGCCCUUCUGGUGGCAUUGGACUUCCUGGCCAGAGUGGUGGGCAAGGCCCUAUUGGUCCUGCUGGUGAGAAGGGGUCUCCGGGAGAACGAGGUGCCCCUGGUCCCACUGGCAAAGAUGGUAUCCCAGGCCUGCCAGGGCUUCAAGGACCCCCUGGAGCUGCAGGGCCUUCUGGAGAGGAAGGAGACAAGGGAGAAGUAGGGAUGCCUGGUCAUAAGGGAAGCAAAGGGGAUAAAGGAGAUGCGGGCCCUCCCGGACCAAUAGGGAUAAGGGGUCCAGCAGGCCAUCCAGGACCUCCGGGUGCUGAUGGGGCUCAGGGUCGCCGGGGACCCCCUGGCCUCUUUGGGCAAAAGGGAGAUGAUGGAGUUCGAGGCUUUGUAGGUGUAAUUGGUCCUCCAGGUCUGCAGGGACUGCCAGGCCCUCCUGGGGAGAAGGGCGAGGUUGGAGAUGUGGGAUCCAUGGGUCCCCAUGGAGCUCCAGGCCCUCGGGGUCCACCUGGGCCCAGUGGAUCAGAGGGCUCCCCAGGGCUGCCUGGAGGAGUGGGGCAGCCUGGUGCUGUGGGUGAGAAGGGUGAACCAGGGGAUACUGGAGACACAGGACCCCCAGGAGUUCCCGGCAUCCCUGGGCCCAAAGGCGAAAUAGGCGAAAAGGGGGACUCGGGUCCGUCAGGGGCUGCUGGACCUCCAGGCAAGAAGGGACCUCCUGGAGAGGACGGCGCUAAGGGGAGCACGGGUCCCACAGGACUCCCUGGAGAUCUAGGACCCCCAGGAGAUCCUGGUGUUCCGGGAAUCGAUGGCCCCCCAGGGGAGAAGGGAGAUGCUGGUGAUGUUGGGGCACCGGGGCCACCUGGAGCUUCAGGGGAGCCUGGGGCCCGUGGGCUCCCUGGUAAGAGGGGUUCCCCCGGCCGCAUGGGUCCAGAAGGCAAAGAGGGAGAGAAAGGAGCCAAAGGAGAUGCUGGUCCUGAUGGGCCCCCAGGCAAGACAGGCCCCACUGGAGCUCGAGGGCCCCCUGGACGGCUCGGGCCUGACGGUCUUCCAGGGAUCCCUUCACUCUCCUCCAUUCCCACUUCCUCCUGGGUCCAGGGUCCCCCUGCGGAGCUACAUGGCCUGAGAAGGCGCCGCUCAGUGUCGGAUACCCCGGAUACCCCGGAAGGUGGCCUGGAGGAGGUGGUGGCCUCUCUAAAUUCACUGAGUUUGGAGCUGGAACAGCUGCAGCGACCUCCUGGCACCGCUGAGCACCCAGGCCUCAUAUGCCAUGAGCUUCAACGCAACCACCCACACCUGCCAGAUGGAGACUACUGGAUUGACCCCAAUCAGGGCUGCUCACAGGAUGCCUUCAAGGUUUUCUGUAACUUCACUGCGGGAGGUGAGACCUGUCUCUAUCCAGACAAGAAGUUUGAGACGGUGAAACUGGCCUCCUGGUCCAGAGAGAAGCCUGGAAACUGGUACAGCACUUUCCGCCGGGGGAAGAAGUUCUCCUACGUGGAUGCAGAUGGCUCCCCUGUGAAUGUGGUUCAGUUGACCUUCCUGAAGCUGCUGAGUGCCGCGGCCCACCAGAGGUUCACUUACUCCUGCCAGAACUCAGUGGCCUGGCUGGACGAAGCUGCUGGUGACUACGGGCGCUCCAUCCGCUUCCAAGGGACCAACUGGGAAGAAUUGUCCUUCAACCAGACACAAGCAGCUACGGUCAAGGUCUCCCAUGAUGGCUGCCGGCUCCGGAAGGGACAGGCGAAGACGCUCUUUGAAUUCAGCUCUUCUCAUGCGGGUUUUCUGCCUCUGUGGGAUGUGGCUGCCAUUGACUUUGGCCAGACGAACCAGAAGUUUGGGUUUGAACUUGGCCCCAUCUGCUUUAGGAGCUGAACUUUGAAGGCGGGAAGGAAGCUGAAGGGAGCCCACGUGGGGCUCCUUGGUGCUGAGGCUUUGAGGCCAUUCAUUCUAUUUAUCACCAGGGACUCUGGGUCCAGGGUCUCUGUCUGGGCUUUCUCCCUUUUCGGGGGAGAGGUGAGGGUGGCGAGCCCAGCUCCCUUCUAUUCAUCCAGGUGGCAUAACCAACUGUUUGCUGGCUCUUUCCCCCUCCAUCCACCUACCCACUGCCUCCCCAGACUUCAGUGAAGUGAGCUUUAACUCAGAGCUGAUGAAGCCCCGCCCCCACCUCUCCACCCCGCCUCUCCACCCCGCCCCUCAUCAAUGCCCGCCAUACCUCUUGGUGCUAUCCCUUCCCACAGUGAAGCACUGGCUACCUCCCAAUCCCUGGCUGGGACCCUUCCUGUUCAUUCCCAUUCUUUCAGGAGAGGGAGGUAACGCAAGAUCAGAGUGGGACUUCCCUCCCCUGAGAUGUGCCUGCCUUCUGCUCCCUUGACGAAGCUCUGCACACUCUCCUCCCCCAACCCCGCCCCACUCCUAUGCCCCCAAGCAUUCUGGGGACCGAGAUGAUGGGCACAAAUCAGGAUCCUAUAUGGUGCUGGCCUGUUCAUAACUGGGAACUGUAUGAAAAGGGGAAUGAAUGGUUUGUGGUCUAUUUAAUCUGCUUCCUUGUGAAGGAAGUCUGGGAUACAAUGAGAGAUUCCAGAAGGAUCUCUACCCUCCCUCACCUACCAUGCAGCCCUCCUCCCCAGGUCACAGGGCAGAUCGGCAUCUCAAGAAUAAACCAAGAAACUGUG